AUGUCACGACCUGCAGACCUCGAGGCUGCUGAACAUGAGACGGUCCCGCUAUACGAUGGAGGAGAUUUCCCUGUUCAACCGACGACUAGUACGCACUCGAUAUACACCAUGACCCGCGAGGAGAUCACGAAGGGGAUUGCCAACCGAUUUGUGCAUUCGCAUGCGUAUAUCGCUCUAUACCUCGUCAUGGCUGCGCUGUCGGUCACGACCGUCGUGCUGAGCAUGACGAAUGGGUGCCCGACACUCGCGUUCUACAUCCUAGAACUCAUAAUCAACGGCUCUAUGAUCCUUGAAGUGAGCAUCAGAUUUGUCGCCUUUGGACGACAAUUCUGGAAAUCACCGUACAACAUCAUGGAUCUCGUUCUGACCGCGUUCUGCGUGAUCACGCUCCUCCUCAUUUUCUUUGCAGGCUGUGGUAGCACGAGUAAGGAGGAGGAGCUCUUGGACACGCUCCUGCUCGUCGCACGGAACGUACUCCAGUUCGGACGGCUAGCCGCAGUGAUGCGACAGUCCGGCCAGUCCAUCUUUUCGCGCCCGAAGCCCAUCGACUUGUCGGCUGCCCGGCGAAGAGGCUACACGCUCGACAUCGACAUCGAAGACGAAGGCGAGAAUGACCUCGGGAGACCGCUCAUCCAGGAUCCCGUCCUCUUCGAUGCCGGAGAGGAGGCUCCCGCACCGCGUGCGCCGAUAACAGACAUGCCACGCGCAGCGCAGGCCGUCCAGGACAGAGACACAGAAGAUGUGUGGGCUGAGAUUGGUUGA